AUGUCCGAACAGCCGUCUGUCAUAAUCGUCGGCGGAGGAGCAUUUGGAACGUCAACUGCCUACCACCUCGCUCAACGAGGGUAUGCUAAUGUCAAGGUCCUGGAUCGAUUCGAACCGCCCUCCAAAGAUGCUGCUGCCACCGACCUCAACAAGAUCAUUCGUUAUGACUAUCCCAAUCCACUUUACACCCGUCUGGGACGAGAAGCUAUGCAAGCAUGGAAGGAUCCUGCCAGUUUGCUGUCCGGCUUCUUCAGGCCGACUGGCUGGAUCAUGGCCGCUCACGAAAUUGCUCUCGAAUUCUUGAAGUCGGCAUACGAGACUACUAAAGCGAAUGGAUCCAAGAGUGUACAGUACAUAGACGCCACGGAGAUCAAGCGCCGUUUUCCAGAGUUCACUGGAGACUUUCGAGGGUGGACCAACGUCUGGUCUCCUGAGGCCGGAUGGGUGCCUUCCGGAGAGGCGCUCUUACGCAUGGCCACCGCUGCAAAAGCUCAGGGGGUAAAAUAUGUGACAGGCGACACCGGCUAUGUUGUCAAACUCUUGUACAACGAUAAGGGCGCUUGUAUCGGAACGCUGUCCAAAGAUGGUCACGCUCACUUCGCCGAUGUCACCAUCCUCUGCACGGGGGCAAAUACAGCCGCUCUGAUCGAUGCCAAAACCGAGAUUGUCGCCAGAUCUCACUGUGUCGGGGUUAUUAAGCUGACGCCAGAAGAGGUGAUCAAGUUUGCAAACUUGCCCGUGGUUGAUGACUUUGAGCAGGGCAUAUUGUUUCCGCCAGACCAGAAUGGUUUGCUCAAAAUCUGCAGCUGCAGGUUCAUCACGAACUACUACAAUUCUCACGUUCCAGGAGCGUCCCUCGGCCACUCGCACGAAGACUUCCCGGACGAUGGCGUGCCUCGACAGAUUGAAGAAGAAAUGCGAAAGUUCGUGCGCGACUUGAUACCUGAGCUAGCAGAUCGUCCAUGGAUCUCUACCCGUAUGUGCUGGGAUGGCGAUACCAAGGAUAUCAACUUUCGCAUAUGUCCAUCUCCCCAUAACAGCAACCUCUUCAUUGCGACUGCUGGAAGUGGUCACGGUUUCAAGUUCUUACCCAUCAUUGGAAAGUACGUUGUGGAUAUGCUUGAAGGCAAUCUGAGUGACGAUUAUGUCGAUCUAUGGAGGUGGAGGUUUGGACAAUCACCUUCAGACGAUGGCAAAUUGCCUCAUCCUUAUCCGGUGAGAGACCUUGGUGAGCUGGACGGAUGGCGUGGGCGCAACAAAAGGGCCAAUGAGGUGAAUACAGGCAAAUCAAAGCUCUGA